CAAGCCUUCCCAACCUCUCACUUUCACCGACGUUCCAGCCUCUCAUAAUAACAUGCAGUUCACUACACACGUCAUGCCUUCUUGUUUACCAUGGGCACAUCGAUCACCACACCCACGCUUUACUGCACUGCAACAUUCUUCCCUACAAGUUGUCCUCUAAAAACUGCAUAAGCGCCAAUGUUCACUCCACGCACUCCACGCAGAGGCAACCAAGGCAGAGGCCGCGCAAGAGGGAAAGGAGCCCGCAGCCCCGCGAAGACGCCGCUGAAGGGCAUGUUUGCAGACGGUGUGUGGCACUGCAACUGCCAUCCCAGACUCCCCGCACAGCGAUUCCAGGUGAAAAAGGAGAGCAAGAAUAAGGGUCGGUGGUUCUACACGUGCCAGAAGACGGAAGCGAAACGCUGCGAUUUCUUCCUCUGGGAAGAUGAUGCUAGGUUUCGUGAAGAAGGUGCGGUGCUGAAUAAUUCGCGCUCUGAGCCUUGGUCUGGGGUUGAUGUCACGCCCUCCAAGCCACGAUCUGUCAUUGAUAUCACGCCCUCCAAGCCUGCGCAACAGCGAACACAAUUCGAAGAUGGGGGUUUCAUACGGCGCGACAAGCGAAGUCGUGACGAGUUUGAAGAGGACGACGACGACGAGUUUGGGGAGUCGUUCGAUGCCGAAGCACUGGAAUUGAUGAAGCAAGCGGCCGAGACACCGAGCAAAUCACGCAAGGUGGAUGCGUUGGCCAUACCCAAGAGAAGGGUUCUGCCGUGGCUGAGAGACCAGGAAGGACAGAAGAGCGCUGGUGGACUACUGACACCACAGACGGAAAGGGUGGUGAAGCAAGGACUCUUCACGACACCUACCAAAGAGACCGAACGAACAGCAGCUUCUACAACAAGCACGAGAGGCUCGAUAACGCAACCACAGCUCAGACACCGCGAACCUUCACCUUCACCUUGCACGCUCAAAGCACUCGAUAGCAUGUCUACACCGGUACAGCUUACCGAAGCUAGGUCGCCGUCGAAAGAUGCCCCCGAACUGACGUCGGAUGUGCUUGAAUACCUGCGUGAGAGCAAAGUCCAGCUACCACCCCCGGUCCAAGAAGGUCUCAAGCAGCUUCUUAGUAAACACACGUUUAGAACCCAAGGCGUAAUAAAGGGUCGUGAGAUCUCAAGAUUGGCGCUCAAAGCCAAAGAUGCCAAGAUUGUAGAAUUGCAGCACCGAAUUGCGGCGCUUGAAGCAGACUUCGAGGCUGAGAGGGCGCAGAACAGAUAUCGUGAUUGGGAAGUCAAGACAAGCAGUCACAAUGACUGAUCUAUGCCUGUUGCACUACGUUGAUUAUUCUCUAACGAAAGCGACUGCUUGACCUGGCUUCCUGGGACGAGCUGGGCGUUUAGAUGUAUCUUGCUCGUGCACCGACGGUAGCAACAUCAUGUACGCCAUCAUUGAGCAGGUAACGCCACAGGAGCACUUGACAAA